AUGGAGCCCAACGUCGCCCGAUCCGGCAUCACCACCGAUGUCCAAACCGGUGAACGCUAUAUCCCCGCCUCGGUACGCCCCGAUGGUUCCAGACGCAAGGAGAUUCGAGUACGCCCCGGCUAUAAGCCUCCCGAGGACGUCGAAGUCUACAAGGCCCGGGCAGCCGCAGCGCGGAAGUCCCGCGCUAAUGGCGGGGUGCCAGGUGCAGAGCCCUUGAGCAGCGGGGACGACAAGACAAAGACCGCAUCGAAAACCACUCCCACCACUCCCACCGCAAAUACCUUCAUUACGGCCGCCAGCAACAAAAACGCCAAGCGUCGCGAGGCGAGGCGGGCUUCGAAGACCGACGAGGCCGCUCCCAGGACCGAGGGUAAGGCUUUCGAGUCCGAUAACUGGCGUGCCCCUGCCCCCGCACCAGCCCUGAAGAAGGAAGAACCGGUUGCCGAAGAAGCUGUUGAUCCAGAAGUCGAGAAGGAGAAGAAGGCCCGUAACCUCAAGAAGAAGCUGCGGCAAGCGCGCGAACUUCGAGACAAGAAGCAGCAGGGAGAGGCACUGCUGCCUGAACAGCUCGCUAAGGUCAUCAAGAUUCAGGAGCUUGUUCGGCAGCUGGAUCUACUGGGCUUUGAUCAGAACGGUUACAAGAAGCUGGACUCCUAA